AUGGAGCGCCGAAAGGCCGAGCCCGGUGACCUCCCACGGCUUGUCGAGAUCACAGUGAUCUCUAUGCCAGACGAUGUUACUUACUUAUAUGAGUGGCCACUCCACUCCAUAUACCCGGGGGUUAUGGAGUCGAUUUGGGAGUUCAGGCUCAAGAAGUUGCUCUCCAAGUGUCACGUUAUCGUGGAAGACGGGAACGUAAUUGCGUUCGCCGUCUGGACCCAGGAGAGCCACUUUCCUGCCGAGCAGCGAGAUGAAUGUCCCCCGGAGGACCUCGCCGAAAAAUUCAAGCUCGUCGGCUCCCGAACGGACGUUUUCGAAAAAGCCAGCGCGUGGAUCCGGGACAAGAUCAAGGAAGCCGGUAUUCAAAAAUGGUUCACCAUACACCUGCUCGUAACAGAUCGUCCCUUUCGUUGCCGCGGCGCUGCAGCGAUGCUCCUUGAGGAAUUUGUGAAGGAGGCCGGAAGGGGAUAUUGUUUGGUCGAAGCCAGCCGAAUGGGGGAACCCCAGUACGCGAAAAAAGGGUUUAAACAUGUCAUGGACAUGCCAGUGAAAGUUAAGGGCGAGGAGAAGGGAACCAGUGUUGCCGUUAUGUGGAAGCAGCCAACCGCAGCGGAAAUUACUGUAAGGUGGUCGCCGCCUCCUCCGUCACCGCCUCUUCCGCCGCCGCUUGCUCCGCCUCCCGAAGAAGAUCUGAGCUUUAUGCAGACCUUGAAGGAGUCUGACGGAAGAAAAAUGGGCUUUUUAGAAUAA